CGACGCCGCGACGGAGUGGGUCGCGGGAUAUCUUGCCUAUGGACUGCGCGUAGUGAUGCCACUGACUCCUUGAACGCGUGCCGACGAUGCGAGACCCAGUUUGUGUCGAGUCGGCGGACGUGUCUAUGGCUGUAUGCGAGUCCCUCGGAGACCACGGAUUAUCCCGAUUGCCUCACUCGUUCCUCCCGGGUUGUUGCGGCGACCCUUCCACCUCUCUUCUGUGUGCUCGUACACCAGCCGACACUCUAUAACAAAGUUUUUUUCGCUCCUUGGUAAGUUACUCGCUGCAUCAGAAUCUUCGUUGCUAGUCAGAGCCCCGAGUCGUCUCCUGCAGGUCGGGUCAAACUUCCAACUAAGUGCCACAUACCGACACGGUACAGUAGCACUUUGCGCGUGGGCGAGCGGGACGGAUGAGCGGGACGGAUGGACGGACUCGUUCGUGCUCUCGAACCUUGGCUUACCGUCAAUCCAUACAUACAGCUGGUCGUGGCUGCAUGCGAGAACUACCGCCUUUCCGCCUCGAUGCUUCAACCUAGAUACAGUUCUGUGGUCCGACACGCACAGCUCGAGAUCAACCGUGCUUAUCGCCGACCCGCCUAUCUUCUACCGAAUACUCGCGUCAGAAGUUCUGCUGGGUCAGGACUCACCUGUCGUGGACCCGCUUCAGAGCUCGACGCAGAUCAGUGCCCUACUGGACGGCGAUCAUGCAACAGCCGUUUACCGCAUGAGAAAUGAACGGUGGCUGUGUCCAACUAUCUCCCGUCUUCACGCAGACUGGGUCGUGUUGUACGCACGAUCUGUCUCGGGUUCCUAGCCUCCACUCAGAAUUCCCGGCGACUCUACGUGAUUCGUGUACGGACUAGCACUCACCGUGUCCCGUUUCUACCCAAAUAUAU